GAAUAGAUAGCUCUCUCUCUCAGCUGAUUAAAACAGGAUGGAAGAGGAGGCAGACACCGGCGGUUCCUCCCGGGCCGAGAGGAAAGCGGUAGAAAAAGCCAAAAUACUCCAACGAGAAAGCGAGAGGAAGGUUUUCAGACUGGUUGGACGAGUCCUGAAGAAACCGGAGUCCGAGCGGUCGGAGGAGGAGGCCGCCGUGCUGCUCCUCCACAGAGAGACUGUGGAGGAGCUCUGCAGGAGACAAGUCCGCAGAAAUGUGCUCAAGAGGAAGCAGGAGGAGAUGUUUGAUGAUGCUGAUGAGCUGAAGAGUAAAGUCAGGCAGCUGGCUGCGGCGGUCAAACAAGCCAAACACCUGGUGGUUUACACCGGAGCUGGGAUCAGUACGGCAGCUUCUAUCCCAGACUACAGGGGUCCUAACGGGGUGUGGACUCAGCUACAGAAGGGACGCACCGUUGGUUCGUCUGACCUGAGUAAAGCUGAGCCGACCCUCACGCACAUGUGCCUCAGGAUGCUGCACAAGGAGAAGCUGGUACAGCACGUUGUUUCUCAAAACUGUGAUGGACUUCACCUGCGUAGCGGUCUACCCAGACACGCCCUGUCUGAACUCCAUGGAAACAUGUUUAUUGAGGUGUGUACGUCGUGUUCUCCGGUCAGGGAGUUUGUGCGUCUGUUUGACGUGACGGAGCGGACGUCGCUGCACCGCCACGGGACCGGCCGCAGGUGCAGCCACUGUGGUGGAGAACUCAGGGACACCAUCGUGCACUUCGGGGAACGUGGGACUCUGGAGCAACCUCUCAACUGGAAGGCAGCUGCAGAGGCUGCAGAGAUGGCCGAUGUGAUCCUCUGCCUGGGCUCCAGUCUGAAGGUGCUGAAGAAAUACGCCUGUCUGUGGUGCAUGAACAGACCAGCAGGCAAAAGGCCCAAACUCUACAUCGUCAACCUCCAGUGGACACCAAAAGAUGAUCUGGCUGUGCUGAAAAUUAAUGGCAAAUGUGAUGAUGUCAUAGGCCUCCUAAUGGAGGAGCUGAACCUCCAGAUUCCUGCUUAUAACAGGGCGGAGGACCCUGUGUUCGAUCUAGCGACUCCUCUGCAGCAAGAAGAGUUUGAGAGCCACUCCCGUGAGAUCAUCGCUCCUCUGGACGGGCAGGAGGACUUCCUACCUGACGCUGCAGAGCAGCCAGAAGAAGCCUCAGCCGUGCAGGGCGGCUGGUUUGGACGAGGCUAUCGCAAAGGCAGGAAGAAGACGAAGAAAAAAUCUGCAUAAUCACAGGAUAAUCAUUGAUACAUACGAUGUGAUCCAGUAUGUCAAGUGAUUAAUCCCAAAGAGGAAUUCAAUGUUCUCUCCCAGAAUAAGUUGAACUUUAGGGUGCUCUUCAUGUCUUUUUUGCUGUUUUAGUAUCAUUUUAUGUCUCGUUGCCACUGCAUGGUUCGGCUCAAUUUGACUCACUUUUGGUACCAGGGCAUUUUUUCUCAA